AUGCGCUGGUCGCAAGGUCAAUCAACCCGACUCCGCUUUUUGGGUACGGGCGCUGUGUGCUCGUUGAUCGUUGUCACAUUCCUCAUCUUCAGCACCAGAUACUCAGCUGAAGUCGCCAAAUAUGCGCUAAAACCCCCUGUCAAGCAUUCCUUCCCUCCUACAUGCAGGAAUGACUCUUCCUGGGAGUUUCAGGUCGAAAAAGAUGGAAAUGAUCACGGGCUUUCUGAAGAACAAUGUCGCGCUGCGUUUCCGAAACUGUUUGUUGAGCUCGAUAAGUCUGCUUUAUUCAGAGAGAACAAUCCCAUUCAAUUCAAAGAUGUGGAUAGCCUAAUGGUGGAAGAUGGGAUGGUGAGGGGUAUUAUCGAUCAUGGAGAGCCGUGUAUUGACUUUUGCAUUCUACGGCAGCUGUAUAUUGUUGAUUUUGGUAACAUGCCUGUUACCUUCACUCGAGGGAAGGCAACGUUGAAUUCAUUGCAGCGCGCAUUGUCCUCAUUCCCGGAUCGAGAUCGUCUUCCGAAUGUUGAAUUUGUUUUGACCACGGAAGACUAUAGCAGCGGACAAGGGCCAAUUUGGUCAUACUCCAAACGCGAUGAGGAUACCAAUGUCUGGUUGAUGCCAGAUUUUGGGUACUGGUCGUGGCCGGAAGUCAAUGUCGGUUCGUAUAAGGAUGCCCGACGCCGAAUUGCCGCCGUUGAUGAUGGGGAAGUAACGGUAGACGGCCAAGUUAUCCCCGGCAUGCAAUUCCAAGAGAAGAAGAAGCAGCUUGUUUGGCGAGGCAACGUUGCCACAAACCCCCAGGUGCGUGGCAAGCUGUUGAAGGCUGCCCAAGGGAGGAGCUGGGCCAGUAUACGGGCUAUUGACUGGGGUGACGAGAAUGACAUCCGGUUCAAUCUGUUACCUAUAGAAGAGCACUGUAGGUAUAUGUUCCUGGCGCACACGGAAGGACGCAGCUUCUCAGGACGCGGUAAGUAUCUCCUCAAUUGCCGUUCGGUCGUCAUCUCGCACAAGUUAGUCUGGCGAGAAGCGCACCAUGCCGCUCUCAUCUCCUCUGGUUCCGAAGCGAACUAUGUUGAGGUUGAGCGGGACUUUUCUGAUCUUGAUCACAAGAUUGAGUUUCUCAUCGACAACCCAGAGGCAGCGGAACGCAUAGCAAACAAUGCAGUUAAAACUUUCCGCGACCGGUAUCUCACUCCAGCUGCGGAGUCUUGUUACUGGAGGCAUUUGAUUCGGCAGUAUGCUUCGUCUUCCGACUUUGAGCCUGUUUUGUACACUACGCGGGAGGAUGGGAAAAGGGAGCCUCGUGGCACCCCAUUUGAAACAUGGGUCCUUACUUUUUAG